ACACUCUUGCUUCUUGCGACCCCGCACGGAGCGAACUCACGUCUCUCCCUACAUGCCAGCAGCUCAGGGUUAGGUUCCUGUUUGCUUGGUUUACUGUCGUCCUGUUGCUUAUCUGGAUUCCCGUCACUCCUUUUCGACCGAGCUCCCGCAACGUCCCACCUCAACAUCGGAGUGCCGGCGGCUAGCUUAUAACAUCACCAAUCGACUGCGCCUCUGGCGGCGCCAGGGACCUGGCCUCAGUUGUUCGUUUCGGUCUUUAAUUUGACGUUUUCUUAGACGGUAGCCGUUUGGUAUUGAUAUUCCGCCGUCAUUCUUUGUCCGGGAGUGAUUUAUUUGUCGCCAACUGUGUGACGAGGUCUUUUCGAUUUCAGUGCUUGCUAGAACACCGGACAUUGCUGCGUCGCCAUAUGACAGGCGGCAAACGUAACAGCGGAAUCAAACAAUCAAAUCCAGGUCCGGGUGUCACGAAUCAAGGAAUGGCGAAUGCGAUGGUGCCUCUUGAGCAGGCGUUAAGCGAUGUAGUCGGUGCGCGCGUCCGCAUCACUACCAACCCGGCCACGUCUACGAUUGAGGGUAUCGUUUUCACCGCCGACCCAAUCACGAACCUCGUCGCCGUAAACACUGCCGACGGUAAACAAACUGGAGCCGGGAACUACCACGUCAUUCCAAUUUCACGGAUACAAAGCUUUGAGCUCCUCUCUCUUCCGCCGUCUGCCCAGAGCGGCGGAGCGACGUCGUUCUCUGACGCCCAACCAUCGUUGCACGCUCUGGAUAUCCGUGCUUUGAAGAAGCGGGAGGCCGACGCUGUUGUGGAAAUGCAAAACGCUGAGGCACGCCGAGGCAAGGGAGUCACACGGGAAGCGCAGGACCUGUUUAAUGCUUUCAUUCGCACGAUGCCUACGACAAGGUGGGAUGGAGCGAACAUCAUCGUGGCAGAUGCGGUUUCGAUUGCGCCGCCGUACCGAGUGGAUGAUUGCCGGCCGCUGGUGGCAGGUGACACAGCUGCUCUUGCCCGGAUACGCAAGGUGCUUGAAAUGGAGCGCCAGAAGAUCGAGUUCCGAAACGCCAGCGCCGCUAUAGGCUCGGCAAACACCUUCUCCCGUUCGGCGGCUUCUGGGCCUGGAGCUGCCGGACCCAGGAAAGGAGGCUGAAUUGAUAUUCUAGCUCUCCCUACCAUCUCGUUGCGAUCGAGACUCCGCGACUCAGCACGACUAAGGACGACCGCAAUGCCAUAAACAAUCUCACAUGUUCAUGCCAUAACCACGAUGAACAUAUUCUUGCAAGACACAGAAGUCACUGCGUGACAUGAUAGGAAGGGACGGAGCGGGAAAGAUUUGAGGGGCAGUCUAGGAUCUCGCCUAGAUAGGGCUUCAGCAGACCGAGACAUGGGACCAAACGUCCCGGGGCAAUACGGUCUAUGUAUUUGAUGACGAUGAUGAUGAUGACGUUCAGGUUCUGUUAGCCUUAGGAUUGGGUCAAGUUUACGGUUCUCAGCCUGCCUCUGUCAGUAUUGUAUCGGAUAUCACUUCUUAACAGCAUAGCCAUGAAUAUCACACC